GUUCGUACUUUGUAAUAAAUGUUUUAUAUUUUUAAUAUUUAUCGUAUAUCUCUUUUUUCAUGAAUAUUCCAUGCUUAACUUUUAUAAUUACAUAUUAUUAAGUUUCAAUAAACGAAAUGACAUCCUCUGAAACAUUAGAGGUAGCAUUUGUAACGGACGGUACAUCAGGAGCCACAGUAUGGGACACAGCAAAUGGUACUAUGCUGAAAACGUACAGACACACAGCUUCUUUGGGCCAAAACUGUGUUAGUUUAUUAGGAAAUGAUUACCUUAUUGCCGCCGACAAAGGGCCUCUUAUCCAUACUUGGCCGAUCAACAGUCAAGAAAAAACACAUCAAGUUCGUAUGCUAUGUGGAGGUAAAAUCAAUUCAUUGGCUGCAAGUCCAGACGGCUUGUAUAUUGCAGUUGCAAUUGGUGAGAAACUGCAGGUUUGGAUGGUAAGUAAUAAAGAAGGCCAUACUCGUAAUUGAGUAAUUAGCGAACUUUAUUUCUAUAUAAUAAAUAUACACUUCCCUGUUAGUCCAUUGUGUUAAGUUUCCACGACUAAUUAAACGCCAAAUUCAAAAAUCAAAUUGACUAGUAAAUGUAGGUACUUAUGAUUAUAUUAAUGUGCAUUUAUUUAUUUAGUGUUGUUCUGGAAAGCUAUUGACUACUGUAAAUAGACAUUUUCAACCAAUCACCAUUAUUAAGUGGUCUUCAGAUGGAUCUUAUUUAGUCACUGGUGAUUAUUUAAAUUUUAUUCAUGAAUUUUAAAAUUAUUAUAUAAUGUUUACAAUUUCUAGGUGGUGAAGAUGGUAUUGUUUGUGUAUGGUCUUUGGUAAAAUUAAUAAAUAUGUCUAAAGCUUUUAUGAUACAAACAUUUUUUUCUGGUGAUCAAACAGAUCAAUCUGCACCUAAUUACACAUUUUCUGAUCAUUCUGUAAGAAUAACAGGAAUAUAUAUUGGUAAUUGUACAAGGUGCAUACGCAUUUUUACUACUUCAGUUGACAAAACUUGCAAAGUAAAUUAAUACAAAUUAUAUUAUUUUCAUUGAUGUUUUAAUUUUUACACCUACCAAUUUUAUUUAGAUUUAUGAUCUUUCAACCGGUAUCAUGUUAUUGUCAAUUGCAUUUGAUGUUAUUCCAUCCAGCCUCACUGUUGAUUCUGUAGAAACUGCCGUUUAUAUUGGUACUUCUACUGGUCCUAUACGCUCGUUAGAUUUGACAUCUCCACCACGCACAAGGGAAUGUUAUAUAACCGAAAAAGAAACUGGUGUCAAAUUUAUUGGUCAUUCAAAAGCUGUAACUGCUUUAAGUGUGUCAUUAUUUGGUGAUACAUUAGUAUCUGGAUCAACUGAUUGUACUCUAAGAACAUGGCACAUAGCAAGUCGUCAAUGUUUACGUACCAUUCAAUUAAAAGAACCUGUUAUAAAUAUGUUUUUAACAUUAACACCACGUCAGUUAACUAAUAGUGAAUUAGAUUCAAGUAUUAUAUUAAGGAGUUUUAAAAAAACAGAAGAACAAAAUGAUGAUUAUUUUAUUGAAGUGUUUUGUAAUAAUGAUUUGUUUGAUGAAGAAAAUGAUACUUUUGGUCAUGUAGAAGAUACUAGUAUACGUGAAGAAUUGGAAAAAAUUAAAACUAUUAAUACAAGAAUUUAUGAAUUUGCACUUAAUUCUAUUUUAAAAGAUAAUGAACCAAAUUUAAAAGAGGUAAACAAAUAUUUUAGUGAAUUUGAAAGAAUGUGUUUAAAUUAUUUACGUGUAUUAAUAUAUUUUAUAUUUUCAGGAUAUUGAUAUUAGUUCCUUUUCAUUGAUUGAUUUGGAAUCUUAUGGAGAAAAAAAUGGCUUCAACAGCAAUAACAGUGGUGAUGAAGAAUCCUCAAUUGUAGAUUUAAAUGAAUGUUCUAAUAUUCCAAAACGGAAAAAGAAAAAUAGAAAAAGAAGUAAAAAAAGUAAAAAGAAUCCUAAUGUUGAAAAUAUAAGUUACAUUUAUAUGUAA